UCCUCCUGAAAUAUUUCCCGUUUCCGUUUUCUCAACCGGAACGGCUUCGUUUUCAGCUCUCACGGAUCUCACAGGGGAGUGUGUGUCUCAGCCUCGCUCUCUAGUCCGGAUCUACAAACCCGUCUCCGUGUUAAUCUGCUGAAAAAUCUCAGUCUCCUGAAAAAAAUCAAAUCAGGAGAGUCUAAAACGAAAUUAAAUACACACAGAAAUUCACUGGUAGACUACUAUUAUAUAGCGGUGUACUGUUAUAUAUAUACAUAUAUAACUCUGAUUCUGAUUUGUGGAAACGAUAAUGUUGGCGGCGAGCUCCGGUUCCGUUCUCCAACUCCGAACCAAGCCUUCCGUCCUCGCCUCGCCGCAGCUCAAUGCCUCGCCGAUUGCGCGGCUCAGCACCGGCAGAGCCGCCACCUCUCGGUCGGCGUCGAAAGCAAUAGCGAACAAGUUCUUCGGGACUCGAUUGAGAGCAGCCGCCGGAUCCGAGAGGCUUCACCUAUGGCGAUCCGAAGGUCCCGGCCGUUCGCCGAAGCUCAAGGUGGUGGUCCGGUCCAUGCUCUCCGCCGUGCCGGAGAAGCCGCAGGGGCUGUACGACCCGAAGAUGGAUAAGGACUCGUGCGGUGUCGGCUUCGUGGCGGAAUUGUCCGGUGAAAGCAGCCGUAAGACGAUUACGGAUGCUUUGGAAAUGCUGGUGAGGAUGACACAUAGAGGAGCUUGUGGAUGUGAAACGAACACUGGUGAUGGAGCUGGUGUUCUUGUGGCGAUUCCUCACGAUUUCUACAAGGAGGCUGCCAAAGAUAUUGGGUUUGAGCUUCCAGCGCUGGGUGAGUAUGCUGUUGGUAUGCUCUACUUGCCAACAUCUGAGAGUCGUCGAGAAGAGAGCAAAAAUGUGUUUACAAAGGUUGCCGAGUCUCUUGGGCAUACCGUUCUCGGUUGGCGAUCUGUUCCAACUGAUAACUCAGAUUUGGGGAACUCUGCUCUCCAGACGGAACCUGUUAUUGAGCAAGUGUUCCUUACCCCAACUCCGAGGUCAAAAGUUGAUCUUGAGCGCCAGAUGUAUAUACUUAGAAGGGUUUCAAUGGUUGCCAUUCGUGCUGCAUUAAACCUUCAAUAUGGUGGUGCUAAAGAUUUCUACAUAUGUUCACUUUCAUCGAGGACGGUUGUUUAUAAGGGUCAGCUGAAACCCGAACAGCUGAAGGGUUACUAUUAUGCAGAUCUUGGCAAUGAAAGGUUUACGAGCUACAUGGCCCUGGUUCAUUCACGAUUCUCAACAAAUACAUUUCCCAGCUGGGACCGUGCUCAGCCUAUGCGUGUCAUAGGCCACAAUGGAGAAAUCAACACCCUUAGAGGAAAUGUUAACUGGAUGAAGGCGCGUGAGGGACUGCUCAAGUGUACUGAACUUGGCCUUUCAAAAAAUGAGUUGAAGAAGCUGUUACCAAUUGUGGAUGCCAGCUCUUCUGAUUCAGGAGCAUUUGAUGGUGUCCUUGAGCUUCUGGUUAGAGCUGGCAGAAGCCUCCCUGAAGCUAUUAUGAUGAUGAUUCCUGAAGCAUGGCAAAAUGACAAGAACAUGGAUCCUGAUAAGAGAGCACUGUAUGAAUAUUUUUCAUCUCUCAUGGAGCCAUGGGAUGGGCCAGCUCUAAUAUCAUUUACUGAUGGACGCUAUCUGGGAGCUACAUUGGAUCGGAAUGGACUCCGACCAGGUCGAUUUUACGUCACCCACAGUGGACGAGUUAUUAUGGCGAGUGAAGUUGGGGUUGUAGACGUACCCCCAGAAGAUGUCUGCAGGAAAGGAAGACUUAAUCCUGGAAUGAUGCUUUUGGUUGAUUUUGAGAAUCAUAUAGUGGUCGAUGAUGAAGCCUUGAAGAAGCAAUAUUCACUGGCGAGGCCAUAUGGGGAGUGGCUUAAAAGGCAAAAGAUUGAGCUCAAGGACAUAGUUGAUUCUGUUAAUGAAUCUGACAGGGUCCCUCCAUCCAUAGCUGGAGUUGCUCCUGCAUCUACUGAUGAUGAGGACAUGGAAAACAUGGGAGUCCACGGUUUACUGGCACCAUUGAAGGCUUUUGGUUACACAGUUGAAGCCUUGGAGAUGUUGUUGCUUCCUAUGGCAAAAGAUGGUGUAGAGGCUCUUGGGUCAAUGGGGAAUGAUACCCCUUUGGCUGUUAUGUCCAAUAGAGAAAAGCUUACAUUUGAGUAUUUCAAGCAAAUGUUCGCUCAAGUAACAAACCCUCCAAUUGAUCCAAUCAGAGAGAAGGUAGUCACUUCUAUGGAAUGUAUGAUCGGUCCAGAAGGUGAUCUAACAGAAACCACUGAAGAACAAUGCCAUCGUCUCUCACUCAAAGGUCCUCUUUUAAACAUUGAAGAAAUGGAAGCGAUAAAAAAAAUGAACUAUAGAGGUUGGCGCUGUAAGGUUCUUGAUAUAACGUACUCCAAGGAACGUGGUAGAAAGGGAUUGGAGGAGACCUUGGAUAGGAUCUGUGCUGAAGCACGUGAGGCAAUUAAAAAGGGAUAUACCACACUGGUGCUUUCAGACAGAGCCUUCUCCCCAAAACGUGUUGCUGUAAGCUCACUCUUGGCUGUUGGUGCUGUCCAUCAACAUCUAGUUAAAAAUCUUGAGCGCACAAGGGUAGGGUUGAUAAUUGAAUCUGCUGAGCCGCGUGAAGUACACCAUUUCUGUACGUUAGUUGGAUUCGGUGCAGAUGCUAUUUGCCCCUACCUGGCUGUAGAGGCCAUUUGGAGACUGCAGGUUGAUGGAAAGAUCCCACCAAAAUCUAAUGGAACAAUAUAUUCCAAGGCUGAACUGGUUAAAAAGUACUUCAAGGCAAGCAACUAUGGAAUGCAGAAGGUUCUUGCCAAGAUGGGCAUAUCUACUUUGGCCUCUUACAAGGGUGCACAGAUUUUUGAAGCUUUGGGUCUUUCCUCUGAAGUGAUUGAGAGAUGCUUUGUGGGAACUCCUAGUAGAGUCGAGGGGGCAACAUUUGAGAUGCUUGCUCGUGAUGGACUUCAUCUGCAUGAUUUGGCAUUCCCCUCUCGGGCUUUUCCUCCCGGUAGUGCAGAAGCUGUGGCACUACCGAAUCCUGGGGAUUAUCAUUGGAGAAAAGGUGGUGAGGUUCACCUAAAUGAUCCUUUUGCUAUUUCCAAGCUUCAGGAGGCUGCCAGAACUAACAGUGUGGCUGCUUAUAAAGAAUAUUCCAAGCUCAUUCACCAAUUAAAUAAAGCCUGCAAUCUCCGUGGUCUUCUGAAAUUUAAAAACACAGAGCAGCAAAUUCACUUGGAUGAAGUAGAACCUGCCAGUGAGAUUGUUAAACGUUUCUGUACUGGGGCAAUGAGUUAUGGAUCAAUAUCAUUGGAGGCACACACUACAUUGGCCAUUGCUAUGAACAGAAUGGGGGGAAAGUCAAAUACAGGUGAGGGAGGUGAGCAGCCCUCUCGUAUGGAGCCUCUUCCCGAUGGUUCAAUGAAUCCAAAGAGGAGUUCAAUUAAGCAGGUUGCAAGUGGGAGAUUUGGAGUUUCAAGUUACUAUCUAACAAAUGCUGAUGAACUCCAAAUAAAAAUGGCUCAGGGGGCCAAACCUGGUGAAGGUGGUGAGCUUCCUGGCCACAAGGUUAUUGGAGACAUUGCUGUUACUAGGAAUUCCACUGCUGGUGUGGGACUUAUCAGUCCACCUCCCCAUCAUGAUAUCUACUCAAUUGAAGACCUUGCUCAACUAAUUCAUGAUCUUAAGAAUGCUAACCCAGGGGCUCGAAUCAGCGUCAAGUUAGUAUCUGAAGCUGGUGUAGGUGUAGUUGCUAGUGGAGUUGUGAAGGGGCAUGCCGAUCAUGUUUUAAUUGCCGGACAUGAUGGAGGCACUGGGGCCUCUAGAUGGACUGGCAUUAAGAACGCUGGGCUUCCGUGGGAACUUGGCUUGGCUGAGACCCAUCAGACCUUGGUUGCUAAUGAUCUUCGUGGCCGCACAGUUCUCCAGACAGAUGGCCAACUAAAGACCGGAAGAGAUGUGGCCAUAGCCGCACUUCUUGGUGCUGAAGAGUUUGGGUUCAGCACAGCACCCCUCAUAACCCUCGGCUGCAUUAUGAUGCGGAAGUGCCACAAGAACACCUGUCCUGUUGGUAUUGCAACUCAGGAUCCAGUACUUCGUGAGAAGUUUGCUGGAGAACCUGAACAUGUUAUCAACUUUUUCUUCAUGGUAGCUGAGGAGGUGAGAGAGAUAAUGGCACAACUUGGUUUUCGAACUCUAAAUGAAAUGGUUGGUCGUUCCGAUAUGCUUGAAGUCGAUAAAGAAGUUACUAAAGACAAUGAAAAGCUGAACAACAUUGAUUUAUCCCUGUUACUUCGACCUGCUGCAGACAUUCGACCUGAAGCUGCACAAUAUUGUGUUCAGAAACAGGACCAUGGGUUGGACAUGGCUCUGGACCACAAACUUAUUUCUCUUUCUAAUUCUGCUAUAGAAAAGGCUGUUCCUGUAUAUUUUGAAACUCCGGUUUGCAAUGUGAAUCGUGCUGUUGGAACAAUGCUUAGUCAUGAGGUGACCAAACGUUACAAUAGGCAAGGGCUUCCCGCAGACACCAUUCAUAUCAAAUUCAAUGGAAGUGCAGGCCAGAGCCUUGGAGCUUUCCUCUGCCCUGGCAUCACGCUUGAGCUUGAAGGUGACAGCAAUGAUUACGUUGGUAAAGGAUUGUCUGGUGGCAAGAUUAUUGUUUACCCCCCCAAGGAAAGCAAGUUUGACCCGAAAGAAAACAUUGUCAUUGGUAAUGUAGCUCUUUAUGGUGCCACUAGUGGGGAGGCAUAUUUCAAUGGAAUGGCAGCAGAAAGAUUCUGUGUUCGUAAUUCCGGUGCUCGGGCAGUAGUUGAAGGUGUGGGUGAUCAUGGCUGUGAGUACAUGACAGGUGGCACUGUUGUUGUGCUUGGGAAAACUGGCAGGAACUUUGCUGCUGGUAUGAGUGGUGGCAUAGCCUACGUUUUUGAUGUCGAUGGAAAAUUUUUAUCCAGAUGCAAUCCUGAGCUUGUCGAUCUUGACAAGGUUGAAGAAGAAGAAGAUAUUCUGACUCUUAGGAUGAUGAUACAGCAGCAUCAACGCCAUACAAAAAGCCUGCUGGCCAGUGAAGUACUGGCUGAUUUUGAGAAUCUUUUGCCUAAAUUCAUCAAGGUAAUCCCCAGAGAGUACAAGCGUGCACUUGCAAAUCUGAGGGAGGAGGCCUCCAAACAGGCAGUCGAGGACGCUGAUGAAGAGGCUGAGAAGCAAGAGGAGGAGGAGCUUAAACUGAAAGAGAAAGAUGCAUUUGAAGAACUUAAGAAGAUGGCAUCUGCAUCUUUAAAUGAACUUAAGAACAUGGCAUCUGCAUCCUUAAAUGGGAAUUCCAAUCAGGUAAAAGUUCAGGUAGAAGAUGCUGAAACAUUGAAGAGGCCCAAAGAGGUCAGCAAAGCUGUUAAACACCGGGGUUUCAUUUCUUAUGAGCGUGAGGGCGUUCAAUACAGGGAUCCCAAUGUUCGGAUGAAUGACUGGGACGAAGUUAUGGAGGAAACUAAACCUGGCCCACUUGUGAAUACUCAGUCAGCCCGUUGUAUGGACUGUGGCACUCCUUUCUGCCAUCAGGAGAACACUGGUUGUCCUCUUGGUAACAAAAUACCUGAGUUCAAUGAAUUGGUGUACCAGAAUAGGUGGCAUGAUGCAUUAGAGAGACUUCUCGAGACAAAUAAUUUCCCUGAGUUUACUGGUCGAGUAUGUCCGGCACCUUGUGAAGGUUCAUGUGUUCUUGGUAUCAUUGAGAAUCCUGUCUCUAUCAAAAGCAUUGAAUGUGCAAUCAUAGACAAGGCUUUUGAGGAAGGUUGGAUGGUACCACGACCUCCUGUCAAGAGAACUGGGAAAAAGGUUGCCAUCGUCGGAAGUGGGCCUGCUGGGCUAGCUGCUGCUGAUCAACUAAACAGAAUAGGUCAUACAGUGACAGUUUAUGAGCGUGCUGAUAGAAUUGGAGGGCUUAUGAUGUAUGGAGUGCCUAAUAUGAAAGCUGACAAAGUUGAUGUAGUUCAGCGGCGGGUUAACCUUAUGGCCGAGGAAGGUGUCAACUUUGUGGUCAAUGCUAAUGUUGGAAAUGACUCAUCCUAUUCGUUUGACCGCCUUCGAGAGGAGAACAAUGCGAUCAUUUUAGCAGUAGGCGCAACAAAACCAAGGGACCUUCCCGUGCCUGGGCGAGAGCUGUCAGGAGUUCAUUUUGCUAUGGAGUUUCUACACGCAAACACCAAAAGCUUGCUUGAUAGCAAUCUCGAGAAUGGAAACUACAUUUCUGCCAAGGGUAAGAAGGUUGUGGUCAUUGGUGGAGGUGACACUGGCACUGAUUGCAUUGGAACCUCUGUUCGCCAUGGCUGUACUGACAUCGUAAAUUUAGAGCUUCUCCCUCAGCCACCACAAACAAGGGCUCCAGGAAACCCUUGGCCGCAGUGGCCUCGUAUCUUCCGAGUAGAUUAUGGGCACGCAGAAGUUGCAGCCAAGUUUGGCAAAGAUCCAAGAACGUAUGAGGUGCUGACCAAGAGGUUUGUGGGAGAUGAGAAUGGGGUUGUGAAGGGAAUCGAGGUAGUACGUGUCAAAUGGGAGAAGGAUGCUACUGGCAAGUUCCAAUUUAAGGAAAUUGAGGGCUCUGAGGAGAUAAUUGAGGCGGACCUCGUCCUUCUAGCAAUGGGGUUCCUUGGACCCGAGGCGGCGAUUGCAGAGAAGUUGGGUUUGGAGUGUGACAAUCGCUCAAACUUCAAGGCUGAUUAUGGUCGGUUCUCAACCAAUGUGGAUGGGGUCUUUGCUGCUGGGGAUUGCCGGCGUGGUCAGUCCCUGGUGGUGUGGGCAAUCUCAGAGGGACGGCAAGCAGCUGCACAGGUUGACAACUACCUCUGCAAGGAAGAAGAGGACCACACAGACAGCAACUCAAGCCCUGAAUCUGAUCUCUUGAAGCGGCAUCAAGAAAUCACCAAGAGCCAAAAGACAGUGGCAAGCACAUCGUAGACGUAGAUGAUGAUGAUCAAGUACUCAUGAUUCUAAAUUAGAGAACCAAGACAGAGCAACACAGAUGGCAUCUUUUUUCAUUUUGUUAGUGUGACAGACAUACAGGGAUUUUUCAAACGUGGUUGUUUCAUGGAUGAUCCACUCGGUGAUGCUUUUCCCUGUGAUGGAGCUGAGACUGGAGGGAGCAUCAAGUGGCCGUUCAAUGGGGCAACAACUAGCUUUUAUUCGCAUAAUGGAGUGGGGUAUUCUCAUUUCGCCGGAGUCGGGUAUUAUAGGUCGUAGGAUAAUUAUUGUCUAUAGUUUUCCCCUGGCUCAUUUGCGUGGUUGUUUUAAAGGAAUAAUGUAUAGUUUUGGUUCUUCAUCAAUGAUUUAGAAUCAAUGAAGCAUAUAUGGAAAUUAUUAGGUUGUUUUCCAUCGGCCACUUCUGUGUUGUGUCGCUUUUCUGCAGAAACUAAACGUUCCUGAUGAAAACUGGCAUAAUCUAUGAGGGGGUGCCCUGCUUCUCUCAUAGAAUCAGCCAUUGCCAAAAGAAGAACAUGUAGGUUUAGAUGAACAUAUAAAAUGAGCACAAGGCCAUCAAGUUUAUUGUGCAAUUUCUUGUA